AUGCAGACGGCGACUGGCGAGGUGAAAGGAAAGAUUAUCCGGACUUCGAAUGGCUGAGAGAGAAAGAGAGAGGGAGAGGAAGGGAUAACUAAUCCGAGGCCUCGUCAUGGAUGCGCAGACGUUAUCCGAAGAGAUCAUCGCGGAGAAAUUCCUGGGAGGGGACGCCAUAACAUAAUCAAGGAAAAACCGAGGACGGCAGCGCAGAUGUCGACUCCGGUGAUUGACCCCAGGUCCAUCUGAGUCCCUUACGACGGGAUGACGGCCGGGGGGGUUUCUGAUUGAUGAACACGACAACGAGCAGCAGUGGCUUUCAAACAAAGGCGGCCAUUGAAGAUCUUCUUGAGAUCGAAAGAACAGGUGAGAAGAACGACGGCGGCCAGUAAAAAAUCUCAGCUGUACCUAGCCUAUUCAUCAUCUCCUCAGCUUCUCCAUCCUCUUCACGGCCUCCCUCAGGGUGCCCUCGUCUUUGCAGAAAGUGAACCUCACCAUGCUCUUGCCCUCCUCCGGGUCGAGGUAGAAGACGCUGGUGGGGAUGGCGACGACGCCCACCUCCUGAAUCAGGUACUCGCAGAAGGCCACGUCGCUAUCGAACCCGAAGGGGGUGUGAUCCGCCACCACGAAGUAGGUCCCGCUCGAAGGGUACACCACGAACCCCGCCGCCCGCAGCCCUUCCACUAGGAUCUCCUUCUUAACGGCGUAAUCCCGCCGCAGCUCCUCGUAGUAGCCGUCGGGGGUACUGAGCGCCGCCGCCGCCGCGUGCUGCAUGGGCGUGGAGGUGGCGAAGGUGAGGAAGGCGUGGGCCUGCCGGACCCCCCAGGUGAGAGUCGCCGGAGCAAUGGCCCAGCCGAUCUUCCAGCCAGUGAGGGAGAAGGUCUUGCCGAGGGAGUUCAUCGUCACGGUCCUCUCGAACAUGCCCGGGAGGGACGCCAGCGAGAUGUGCUCCGCUUCGAAGGCCAGCUUGUCGUAGACCUCGUCGCAGAAGGCCAGGGAGUCGUACUCCACGCAGAGGGCGGCGAUCUCCUGCAGCUCCGCCAUGGUGAGCAUCUUCCCGGUGGGAUUGUGGGGCGUGUUGAGGAGGAUGGCCCGGGUCUUCUCCGAGAAGGCGGCCCUGAGCUCGGCGAUCGGCACGGCGAAGUCCGGCGGCCGGAGGGUGAUGGACCUCACGCGGGCCCCCGCCAUGGAUAGAGUGGCCUGGUAGGAGUCGUAGAAGGGGGCGAAGACGAUGAUCUCGUCCCCGAGGUUGACCAGACCGAGCAUGGUGGCGGCGAUGGCCUCGGUGCAGCCGGAGGUAACGGUGACCUCCGUCUCGGGGUCAACGGUGAGGCCGGUGUCCUUCUGGAACCUGGCGGCGAUGGCGGCGUUGAGGGAGGGGACGCCGUAGCCCCUCGCGUACUGGUUCUUCCCUUCUCUGAUGGCCUGGAUGGCCGCCUCCUUGACGAAGUCCGGGCCGUCGAAGUUGGGGAAGCCCUGCCCGAGGUUGAUGGCCCCGUGCUUCAGCGCGAGGGAGCUCAUCUGGGUGAAGAUCGUCGUCUUGAAGUUCUCCAGGCGCUUGGCAAUCUGCAGUCGAGAGAGAGAAUCAAUCAAGAGCAGCCAGCCUACAAUGGCGUCAACAAGCUUUUCUCGCACAAGGAAAAACAGAGGCCAACCGGUUCACUCUAAUUACGUAUCAUAUGCAGUGCUGAUGAUGAUCUCUGGGCGCUGAUGGGUAUUUAAAAAAAAAAAAAUCAAAAAAAAUGGAAAUGAUUCAGGAACAUUCAUAUGAACAAUGAGAAAUUUGUGCCCUGGAACAUUUACGAACUGAGAAAAAUACCUAGAAAGGGGCGAAGCCAGAUGAAUCUCUGUCAUUUCAUAAGCUAUGAAACCAUAUAUAUCAAUCAAUGAGACCCAAAAUUCUUCUUCCCCAUUCAUAGGGGAGGAGAGAUGGGAUCCUUCACAAUUAACAACAUGACCAUCCCGAUCUUCCAUCAUUCUUGACUCAAGCAUGGGAAGAGCCAUUUGCGGGUAGAACUGUUGAAUUACUACAAUAGAACACAGGUGAAGAGGAUCUAAUCCAGAAACUCUGCAAGGGAAGAGCCAUUUUCGUUUAGAACUGUUCAGUUGAUACGAUAGAGGCCAGAAGUCCUCUCAGCACCAGAUAAUCCACUGAGAUUAAUCGUAGACUACCCAUGAUGGUCUGCAAUUUCGUAGAACCACACAUCAAGAAGAAUUUGAUCAUAAGAAAUGGGCAGUUACUGAAGUGUUCAUGGAGAGAGAGAGAGAGAGAGAGAGACAGAGAGAGAGACAGAGAGAGUUUCAUUGGCCUUUGCCUCUCCCUUGCAGGACCUCCGAUGAUGGGAGAGCAAAUGGGAGCGUGACGGAGGGCGAGGAGGAGAUGAAAAUGAAGCUUAAGUGAAGAGAAGAAUUGAGAGGAGAAGAAGACAGAAGUAGAUGAAGAAGAGGAAGAGAUUUGGCCAUUUACAUGUCUAAGUCUUCCUUUACCUCUUUGUUGUGACAAGACCUACUGGGUUUCUCUCAGACCUGCAUGAAAUGGGCAGUUGCCUAAGUAUUCAUGGGUCGAUCCUGUUGCAUCCAAUGAGAAGAGAGAGAGAGAGAGAGAGAGAGAGAGAGAGAGAGAGAGAGAGAGAGAGAGAGAGAGGGAGAGUGUGUGUGUGUGUGUGUGUGUGAGAGAGAGAGAGAGAGAGAGAGAGAGAGAUGGGAGGGUGGGUGACGGAGGGGGAGGAACAGGUGACAAUGAAGAUUAAGAGAUGAGAAGAACUGAGAGAGGAAGAAAACAGAAGAGGGAGAGAUUUGGCCAUUUACAAGUCCGAGUCUGUCUUCACCUCUUUGCUGUGACAAGAUCUACCGCGUUUCUCUCUGAGCUGCAUGAAUGUUAUCCCAAGCCACCAGUUCCAUGGAGAUUCUUGAUCCCCCAGAGAAGAGCCCAGAGAGAUAAUUCUCCAAGAUGACUGGAUUUGGUUCCCUAUGUUGCUCGUUAAUUCUUCUGCACAUGAUGGUAAUUUCCUCAAACGAUGAAGCACAUAAACCAGAGCAGCCAAGUUCAGAACCAUGACGACCAUUUACUCCUGGAGUUUUGGAGUCAUGGUGAUCUUCACUGCUGAAAAGCAGAGAGCCUGGUCGUAUGGCAGGCCCCACAUCAUAGUUCCCCUCGUCUGAGAGAGAAACUGCUCAUACGGAUUACCGCAGAUGAACAUGUUCUUCAUUAUUUUAUCAAGGAAUGGAUUCCAAGGACACUCCAUAGAUUUUUUUUUUUUAUGAGAAACUAUUUCGAUGUGUGAUAGAUACGCGUCCUGAGAUCGAAUCCGCUCACGAAAAUCAUCCGGAAAAACUGAACAGGAAUUAUAACUAUCCAGAAAUUCUCCAGUUAGCAGAGGAACAGGAAUUAGCACCUUGGCGAUCCAUGCAUCGCAGAUCGCAGAAAAAGUCUCAUGAAUGAACAGCCACAAGAUCGGGACGCAGUUGCAUAGGGAUCGAUCUCGGAUCCUAACCUGGGACCGGGGCGACGGAGGCGGUGAGGGCUGGUCAGCGGCAGCAGCUGGGCUCUCGUCCAUGGUCUCUGUGGAUGUGGUAGCCAUGGCCGUCCGGCGAGGGCUUCGACCCGGGUAGGAGGCGGCAGCGGUGGUUGUCCUCCGCCCCGCGCAGGCGAAUCUCGGGAGGGAGUAACCGAAGGAGGAGGGGGGGAGGUGACCAGAGGAACUGGUGGUCCCACAGAAGGGACUCGGCAGCAGCCUCAGCAUCCGGUGGUGGCGAGAGCAGGAGAUGGGCGCGGCGGCGGCGGCGGCGAUCAUAGUCAGUCGACUUGGGGCUGAUUUAACCUCUACUAGGAAACCGUCCCGAAACAGACGAGUCGGAGAGAACCGGCGACCAAAGGAUGAUCUGGGUACGCGUCGCAACUCAGUAACCAGUGCGUACAGGAGGGGGAUGAGGGUAUUUGAGGAUUCCAGGGAUAGCGUUCCGACAGGUGGUGGACUGUGGCUUGUCGUCGUAAAAAGCCUUUCUGCCGUCGUAACCAAGCUCACACGGAACAACUAGAUAUAUCUCAAGGGUACAUUUUUCUCCACCCUUUUCGAAACAAAGAUAUUUUAAUAAGUAAACUGAUGAUCACACCAUACUUAUUGGUUGCACCCACCAAAUUAAAUUUAUAAAAAUAUAGAAAAAAAGUUCUUAGUAAAAAGGUGAGCUUGUUGGACUUUCUGUUGGUUAAGGUUUUAUGAUAAUAUAAUUUAAGAUGAAAGUGAAUUGAAUCUUUUAUACUAUUGCUUCUCAAUUGUUUGACAGAAUAGAUGGAGAUUUAGCCAUAAGAUUUUAUAGUGCUUGGAUAAAAUACAUCUAUUUCACUAUAUAACUAUAAAGAUCUUAAGUUCUAUCAAAUUACAAGUGAAACAUAUUGAACCUUGAUUUUAGCAAACUUCUACUAGACGUCUAAUGUAAUCUUCUUGCAUAGUUGUUUCUACUUCACCACCAUGACAUAAAGGGUUCAAAGCCACUACAUCCCCAAAAUGACAUCUAUAUUGCUCAACUACAAAGAUAAAUAAUCCUUUGUGACUUUUAAUCUUUUCAUUUCCAAGAUUAAUAUUUGGCAAAUUACUCUCUCCUUUGUAGUUAUUUCAUUUCCCAUAAUGUCUAUAUAGUGGAUGGUAUCUUUGAUAGAUUUUUGUGUCUCUGCUUCAACUCUCUUGUUGUCCUAAUUAUUUACCUUGAUCAUAAGUGGUCCUAGCACAUUAUCUCACCUCUUGUGUUGACUAUUCCAGUUUAGUCAUACCUUGUGAGUGUAUUCAACUUGUAUUUUCUUGACUCUUUCACAAUUUUUAAUGUAUUAUUCUUUCUUUAGCUCCACCACUUGUGUAAUUUCAUGAUGUCACUAAUUUCUUUUGACUUGAACAAUGUGACUUUUGUACAAUUUUUUAAUUUUAAUCUUUUUAAGAAAGUGUUAUCAAGGGAUUCUUCUAAGAUGCCAUGUAGUACACUGGAUAGUAUAUCAAGCUUCCUUAUAUGAUCAGCCACCUAUAUUUUCUGGUUUAUAUCUAAGAAUUACCCAUAUUAUUCUAGAUAACUAUGAGCCAAAACAUUUUCCUUAGUCUAGGGUUAAUAUUCUCCCAAUCAUUAAAUAGUUCACAUGUUUGUCCCUCAAAAUCAUAUUAAUACUUCAUCAUCCAUGCUGACAACCAUAGUUUUCAAUUGAUUUUCCCUCUAAUUCUAUAUAUCUCGAAAUAUAUUUUUAUAUGAAAAUUCACCCAUCUAGUAAAGACAAUUCCACUUGUCAUCAUCUCUAGUUGCCCCUAAUUGAGUUCUCAAUUGGAAUAUGUAACUUAGCUUCUUGAGAAUCUUUCACCCUAAGGUCUAGAUUGGGUUGAGGAUGACCCAUUGUCUCUAGCUCUUCCUUAUGCAUACUUGUGAUGGGCUCUUUAGGAGAUAUUAGUGUUGGGAUUUGGCUUACACUAAGAUAAAAGAUAAGGGGUUGAAUUCGUCUAUUCUUAAAUCCCUUUUCAUAGAAUUUACUUCAAUGUAUUAACUUAUUUUCCUUUUGUAAUUUGGCUCAUUGGCUAUGUCCACUAUUCUUGGGUUUCAUUAGAACUGAUCCUCUAUAGAUUUGAAGUGUUUUUUAAAUUUUUGAUGAAGUGGAUGAUGUAUAUUAUCUUGUAGUCAUUGUCCUCUUGUUAGAAUGUUGGCAAUAGACUAAUGGCCCUUUAAGCCUUAAAUAGGAUCCUUCAAUGGUCAUAUAAUCCAUGUGUCAAUGCCUUUAUGUUAUUUGAAUAUUCAUCACAAAGCUCACUAUGUUUUACUUGAAAUUCUUAUUAUAAAAACCCAAUGUAAAGUUGGAGGUAGUUCAAAUAUAAAAUAUAAUUAUUAUGCCGAUAAUGAUAUCUAUAAAAAAAUCUCAUAAAAAAAUCUUCUCAGAUUUCUAUGAUUUUUUAAUGACCAUUUUCUAUAAAAUAAGAUUAAUUUAAAUAAUUGAGAAAGUAGCACGACAUAUCCUUAAGUCACUUUAGAUAUCCUCAAGAUAAAUAAUAUGUGAUUCUUUUAUUACUUAUUAUUUAUAUUUAAAUAAUCUCAUUUCACAUUGAUCAAUUACAAAUCUUAUGUAAUAAGAAGAAUAGAGUUAGAAAAGAUUUGAUAUCAUUAAAACAAACUUGAUAGUAUAUAUUUAAAUAGGAUAAUGAUUUAGCAUUCAAAUUUUAUUUGAAUCACCUCAAAUAAAAUAUACUCUUUAAUAUCUAGAAAUUUUUAUUCAGCUAACUCAGCAAUAUAAAUUUAAUUGAUUAAAAUAAUAUGAAACACACUUAAAAGUAAUGAUAUAAUAUCACAAGAGCACAAUAGAUUAGGUAAGUUUUCAUACUCAUAUUUUACUUGUUAUCUCAUUGAUUAUGAUUUAAUUGUCACUACUUUUUAUUGUGACAUAUUUUAUAAAUAUUGAUAUUUUUCACAGCAAUAUACAAUAUGAUAAUUUUGCAUGAUGAUAUCGAUCAUAUAUAUGAGUUCAUAAUUACUAAUCAAGAGUAUGUUCAAUGAUUUCUUAUAUGAGUUAUUAUCAUUAUAAUUCCUAAUUAUACUCAAGCAUUUGCAUAUAAUGUAUACUUUGAACUAAGCAAAAGUUUUUUUUGUCAAGAUCAAAACACAAUGCAUACAAUACUCCAACAAUUUGAUAAUCUUCACACCUCAUAAGGGUUGUUAGAUUGCCCCCUUGUUGCAAUAGUUGGGGCACCAUCUAAGCAAGCUUCUUCAUAUUAUUUUUAGCAAUGAAAUCUUUAAUAAUUCUACCUCUAUCUCAAGCAGAAAACAAAGCCCUCCAUUUAAGUCUUUAACAUCCUUCUUCAAGAUCUCAUAGCACUGAACAUUAUCCUUGGGUGCCAUAGAGCUAAUUACCAAGUUGAUAAGGUUUCAAGUCAAUAGCAUGAAAUAGAGAGAAUACUCAUAAUGAAGAGGAAAGUAUAACCAAAAUAUAGAACAAGAGGUAGAGAUGGAGGAUUUCUAAAAAAUCCCUAAAAUUUACCUCUUGGGAAAGUUUGAGAACACCCUCAAUACUUCCAACUGAAUUCAUCUAAAAAAUGUCCUUAACUCUCAAUAUGAGAGAUCAUACACCUUCAUAGUUUGAAAAAUUUUAUGACAUCAAAACUUAUCUUUUUAAUAUUGGGCUUCAUAGACUUUUAGAAAAAAAUAAAAUUAGAUAAUUAUAAAAUUCUUUUUAGAAAGAGACUCUUCUCCUACCACCACAUAAAAUAAUUUUAGUCUAUUUCUCAUUAAAAAAAUACUUUUAGUGUUGAAAUGAGAUAUGAAUUUUUUUAACUAAGUUAGUUAUGAAUUAUUUUUGAAUAAGUUAAAGUACAAUUCAUCUAUGCAUCAUAAUUAUUUUCAUCAGGAGAUAAGUAAUAUUGACAGACAUCUAAAUUACAUAUAUUGAUGAUGCACCAUGAGAUCCAAUGACUAACAAUGAAUCUAAAUUUAUUUUUUUAUAUUAAAGUAAUAUAAUAUCAUUCUCUAAAAAUAAGUAUAUCAUAAUAUGUGUCAACAUGUGUAACAAAGUCUCACAUAUAUUCUGAUAACUUAAAGUUAUCAAUGAGAUUUGAACAUGGCACUUAAACAAUGUAAAGAAUAGAACGACAAUAUAAAAAAUAACUCAAAUAUCAAAGAUACAUAAUAACACAUAAGAUUUGAAUUCAGAAAGUAAACUUAGCAGAAGUAAAAAAAAUGAUUAAAUUAUUCAAAUCACAAUAUGAGUAAAAUUUUAAUUUAAAUCACUAUAAAGUAAAAACUUAAUCAAUGACUAAAAUCCUUCAUUAUUGAACUUCUCUUCUCAAACAAACAAUGUUUGUUUCUUCAAUGGAGGCUCGACAGUUGCCACUAGUAAUUCUUGGUUGCACCACCACAUGUGCUCAUUCUGGGGUUUACAUGAUGGGUACUCCUUAUUGCAAUGUGGGCAGAUCUUAAAUACAUUUGUUGGUUGCAACACUAGAUGAUGGCGUCUUGCCGCCACUUUCCUUCUUUUCAGCAUAGACCUAGGAGCUAGCUACAGGGGAGACCCCCAUAGUUAAGGCUGUAGUGUUACACUAAUACUCUCUCUCUUACUCUCUUUUCUUAGUAACUCUCUCUCACUCUCUAUCUUCUUCCUUUGGAAUAAAAAGAUAAGAACUCUACUCAAUCAUAGUGGCUUCUCUUUCCUAGCCAUUGUGGGAGGUGGUGGUGGUACUCUAUAACUGGGUGGUGGAAGAGAUCAAUGCAUAUUUAACCUAAUUGAUCAUAGAGCUACUUUCUAUUGUAGGUGUCUACCAAAACCUUUGACCCACCCAUGUUUAGUAGUAGCUGCACACCGUAUUCCUUGCUUUUGACCCAAGUUCAAAGAGAUGGCAGUUUGAGGUUAAUGAUUAUAGAAGUGAACCAAUGAAUAGAUAUAUGUACUCAAUUCCAAUGGUGGAACGGUAGGGGGGCUCAUUUUUAUGUAAAAAAAUAAUAACACAUAAGUUUUGGGUCCCACAAAUAUCUACAUUUUAUACAUAACAUACUAAUUCAUGUAAUUGCUAGAAAUAUAUUUAGUUAUUAAUCAUCCCUACAUAGUUAGGGCAUAUGUGUAUGUUUUAUGUGUCUAGUCCUCACACCUUGAUCUCAAUAUGAUAAUAGUUCUAAAAUGGGCACUGAGUUUAUUUCAUAGCAAGAGAGAGAGAGAGAGAGAGAGAGAGAGAGAGAGAGAGAGAAUUCAAUACAAAACACAUCCUAAUGAACGUCGGCACUUAUAAUACAUCUAGAUAUCAAUCGACCCUACAUAGUUAGGACAUUCAAACAUUUUUUCUUUGCCUAGUCGUCACACCUCGAUCUCAAUAUAGAAUAGCCUUAAAAUAGGCACUAAUUUUACUCACACAAGCUCAAUAAGAAGAUUUAUUCAAUAUCUUAUAAUAAAGGGGCUGUUCAUUUUAAAGAAAGAAUCAAAGUUUAAUUAUACUUGAUCAUCUAUAAUAACUUAUGAAUCAAACAACUAUAUUAAAGGUUAUAUAUUUUUAUUAGGCCUUAAGGUAACUUGGGUGAUGAGUUGAGAAGGUUAAAACACAAGGUGUUGAGAACCAUAACUUACUUGUAGAGAAUAUUAUUCUUUGAUGAUAAUUAUAUCUCAGCUUAAGCACAUAAUUCUAUGAGUUGAGACCUACUCAUGAUUGGUGAGAUCUCUACAUAAAUUAAUUCGUUGUGUUGAGAGACUUGAACUCAUGAAAUCAAUUGUAUGUUCAUUAAAAAAUAAUAAAAAUCUGAAAAAGAGAUCUUUUGAUACUGAAUAUAGUCUAAAAAAAUGUGAACUAACAUAAAAUAUUUAUGUUUAUCAUUCAUGAGAAUGAGAAUGAGACAUUAGAUUGUCCAUGAGAGAAAGAUAAGAAUUGUAAGUGAGAGUGCAUAUCAAGUUCAUAAAUUGUUUUAGAAUGUAUCAACACAUAUAGACAACAAAAAAAAUGUCAACAUAGAACUUGAUAUGCACUUAGUCAUAUAUAACCCAAUAAAAAAGUCCACAACUUGAAAGUUAAUAUAUUUCUAAUCCCUAACUUUCACAAAUAGUGUUGAAAUAAUACUUUGUGAGAUUCUUACAAGUUUAUUUGUUGUCAACACAAAUCAUAAUAAUAUUCAUAUACUAACAUAUUCUAUUAAUCAUGACAUUUCUAUCAUGAAAUUUGGAAAACUUUAUUCUUUGACUUAGAACAUUUAUAUCCUAACUAAUUUGAAUUUACCAAUUAAAAAAUGCUCCACCUAACCUAGUAGUUAUUGAAAACAUUCGUACAUCCACUAAAUCCUUAUUUCCUAAAUCCAUUAAUGUAUAUUUUCAUCUCCUAGUCAUGAAUUAAACUUCUAAAUUUCAUUUACAGGUAAAAAAAAAAAAUAUUGAAUCAUUGACUUAAUCUUUUUUAAAAUACAAAAUCUCAACUUGAUAAUUUCUUUUGAUGCUCUUGAUAUCAUACAUUUUAUUUUCAAACCCCAAAAUACAUCUCUUAACGUUAUUAAAAUAUUUUAUAAUAAUUUGAUUAGACUCCUUUAAAUAUAUCAUUAGUCAACUUAAAAAUAAUUUAUCUAAUUGUAGAAAUUUUGAAUUUUAUUUUACACAUUUCUUCUUUGAUGAGUUUUUUAAGUCCUUUUGAUUUUAAAAAAAUAAGGAAAGAAAAAUUAGGGUGAGGAAAUUGAGAGAAUGUGCAACCUUAGGGGGAACACUCAUUAAGAGAAAGCUCAAAAUAAUUUUGUGUGAUGAACAAUCAUAUUUUGUUGAAUGAUAUAACUCUUAUGUUGUUUUAGUAUUUGAAUAAUAUCUUUAUCUUCAAUUAUAUAUUUCACUUUUGAUUAAAUAUAGUUUUUUCUCAAAAAUUUGAUUACAUGAGUAUCAUAAUGUAGGAUAUGUUGUUAAUCUUGAUUAUAAUAUAAGUGAGCAAAAUAUAAUAUGGAGUUCUUCAGAGCGCCAACAUCCCAGUCCACAACAUCUGCAACUCGGUUGAUAUUGAUAUAAAUUGGGCAAUGGAAUAGUUCCAUUAAACAACUGAAGAACAAAUCAACGCCAUGAUUCUUUCUCCAAGAACCAAAGUUGUCAUCAAAGUUAAUGUGAUACAGGAAAAGCCUACAGCCUGAACCAGAGAUGGAGACCUCCCCUUCACUCUUCAGAUCCCCUGACACAAUCAUUGGUAGCCAUUUCCCUCUUGGACUUUUCGCCACACAAAGCUCUUGCAACUUCAACAGCAGAAUGGCUGCGUUUUAUGAUGUUGUCAAGACUAUUAACCUUAUCCAGCAAAACCUCAGCGUUUGAUUGGGCUAAACUAACUAAUUUAUCUGCUGUUUCAACUGCAGAGCACAGCUAAGGGUGGAGAUCCAUUAGACCUUCUCAAAUGGGAGAUUUUCUACUUUCAGAUGAUGAAAUAAAAAUAAUGUAGAUGCAAAUUCACCUUCAAGGUUAGUUGGGUCCAUGAGUGAUCCGUCCCUGCCAGAGACUCAGUCAGCUGAUCAUAUGUCGCCUGUUGCCAAUGAAAAAAAUGGUAUUAUUUAAUCUUUUAUCAUCCUUAACUUGUAUUAGAGACAUGCUAUUAUUUAAUAUUUUUUAUCAUCAUUAGGAUUAAUUACCCCCAAGUGAGGGGAACUCCCAUGUUAAUUAUGUAGAAUAAGUAUAGUGCUGGGUAAAAGCAUCGCGAUCAGCAAAGUCUGAGUAGGAAUUAUCUAUAGCUCUAGCACAAGCCAAAAGCAUCAACACCAUCAUGUUUUGUCAAUAAAAUGCAACAUUUUCCCUUGUUUUAAAUAUCCUACCCUCUCAAAGAGCCUCAAAUAAAUUUCAAGUACUGCAAGGGCAACAGAUUGUUUUAUAGUUUAUUGACAAAAUCCAAUUAUUUUUUAGUGAAGCAAGGUGCGUUUCAUGAAGCUGCUAGUUCUCUUUUUCUGGAUAAGCCUCAAUGUUCUAAACUUCUCAUGUAAUUUCUAAGCUGUGGAUCUCGAAGAGAGCAAUCUCAGAGCUUAGUAAUCACGUUUUAGUAACCCACAGGAAAUGCCACCCGCACAUAUAUAUUGGAGAUGAUAUAUCUUUGAUGCCAAGAGCAUUAAAAAAUCAAAUGAACAGAUAACAUAACGAAAAUAAAACCUAUGGAACACAUCAAGAAAAAUAAUAACAUAGAAUGAAGAAGAGACAGUAGCCAAAGAAUCACUAAGAUAUGUUGAUGACGGACAUAUUUCUUUCUCAAAACAGAAGAAAAAUAUAGGAACGCUAUAUAAUCAAAGAUUUUAAAUGGAAUUUUUAAAAAACUUUGCUUGGAGUUUAUGAAUGUUGGGAAACCCAUAUGAAAAAUCGGAUCUAGAAUCCGUUUCAAAUUUAAUAAAAUACGUGCAUCUCAUAGAGAUCUAUAGAGAGACAGCGUACGUGCAAUUCCUGACAUAUGAAAACUUUCGUUGAUUUUUCUUUUUACUUUCCGGAUAACAUCCACCACGCAGGUUUAAGGGCGAAUGGCUUGUAAAAUUGCAUUUCAUCCCAAAGCUAAUGGACGAAGCAUCUAAAGUGGCAAGGAAUCGGAAUUGGCUAAUUCUUGUCAUGUAAAUACGGUUUACGCAAAUGAGAAAUCACUCGUAUCAUGUCUGAAAGGUGUUGAAAAAAAUGAAAGAAAGCACAACAUUAGUGCUUAAUUAUGAGGUCUAACCAUGUUCAGCUAUGAAUCAACCAUAGCUGACAGGAUUAUCUUCUGGAGGUGAGGGAAAUGCAUCCUCACAGCCAGUUAUACAUGAAGUUUAA